AUGCGAAGCUCUAAGUCGAUUGAAGAAUGGAGCGCGCGCCAACUCCUGCCCGCCGAGGAGGUGUUUGCCAAAGCAGAAUUGCAUCCUCUUGGCGACUUCCAGGCUGCGCACGAUAAGGUUUUAAGCCAUCUGGUCAAGAAGGUCAAGCAAUACGCCCAAAUUUUCCAGGAAAGCCCCCUCCUGGAAGACUAUCUUCAACGACGGUCCACUGCAGGAGCUGCGCAUAGGGUUCGGCCCUUGCCACCUUUGGCGGACGUUACCUCUUUUGGGAUGACGGAGCUCAUCGAAAUCCACACACCCCUACUGAUAGGCGUGCCCACAGUGAAAGCUCCACCUAGCCAUAUUGGCUGGCUCGAAGAUGAUACGGAUGAAUACUGGGAAAAGACCCUACGCGAUAGAUUUUGCGUCGCUUUGGGCAAAGCUCUCAAUCAUUGCGGCAAAGACCCCAUCAGCGACCUGGGCGAUAAUUCUAUAGCGACUAUCUUCAAGGACACAACCCACACCACCAAUUCCCCCUUUACAUUGCCUCCACCAAUUCCCUCUACCCCCAUCCAAGACCGUACACCCGACUUCCUACUGCCAUAUUGCCCCACGGAGAAUUCAUCGAUCUCGCAACAUGGCGGAUACACGCCAGUUCUCCCCAUCCCCCCAUCGCCACCACAUGGAGAUUUACUCUCCGACUUUGACGACCCCAAGUUUGAUUUCACUGACAUCGUGAAAGAUGCAGAGAAUGCUGUUUCGAGCACCAACCAACAGAUCGCAGAGGAAGUAAGCAGGUUCCGCGUUGCGCGCGCUAAAUCUCCGGACCCAGUGGACACAGAUAUAUUUGCGCAUCCAGAAAAUCGUGCCUCCGCCUGUGAUUACAAUGAAGAAACUCCACUCUCCAAUAACCUCGCCAAUCUAUACGCGCGCUCCAAUAUUUACAUGACGCAUGAAAUUCAUCAGCAUGUAAUCAUCGACGAGUGCAACCCCCUAGACACUAUCGCCUAUGCUGCCAUACGCCGUAAGGAAUACCUGCUCAGUGCUACUCGUAGGCAGCACGCUCUUAUUGAGCAGUACAAAAGGAAAAGAGACAAGCUCUGUGAACUGUACGGAGAAGAACCAUCGCUCCUCCAAAAUUUGUCUGACGCAAAGCAAGUCAUGCAAACUGAGAAAGAAUAUACGUGCGCGCGGUAUCAGUCCAAACUGCUAGCGCAACAGAUGCAGCAUCACUCCAACCGCUCAUGGCAAAACCACCCCGUCGAAGCUCCUGGCACCGCGCAACAAGCAAUGUCGACCACCAGCGCCUUCUUCGCGAUUCCUCCUGCGCGCCUACCCACCGAGCAUAUUUUUAGAUCGCGCAAGAGAGCAAAAGCCCCGCCGCAGAAUCCCACGCGAGCUCGAGAGCAUGCGCCGUCACCGCUGUCCAUGCAAUUGGAUCCUCAAUCGCUCCGCGAAAACAUCGCGCGCACGGGGUCGAGAUAUUGGCCCCCUGAUAUGAACACUGCGUUCCGUGAGCCUUCCAGUGAAGCUGGAGAACUAAGUACUAUCAUUGACCUUGAUGGCUAUGGUGUUAUCGAUUCUGGAGCGCUCCUCUCUAUCCCCGUGCCUCUCUCUACCCCCGCGCCCUUCUCUAUCCCCGUACCCCAGAGUCCCCGCAAUGGCCCUAAAUCGCAGAGCCAGGGCUUGGAGGAUGGGCAUAAAGUGCUCCAGACCAGGGAAACCUCCAGCAGGGCGGUGCUUGAAGUGAUAAAUGAGGCAAGCCCCUCCACCACCGUCCCCGGUAACCCCCAGCACGAGCACGUCGAUACCGAUGCGCGGUGCCCCACCCGAGGCCCAGCAGAAAUAUCACAGAAGACGACAGAUGUCGGCAAUUGGGUGAAUAAAAUCCCCUCGGGUGGAAAUCUAGAAGGGGGGGCAGAAAACUGCCAAAGUAGGAUUCUUGAUUUUGAUGCGAGCUCCAUUUCUCGCGCCAAGCAGGCCGUGUUUUUAAAGGGUUUUCUUUUAUACUAA